CGUAUCGAUAUCAUUUCUGGACUAACAAUGAGCAAAAUUACGUAAAUAUUUCAUAGUAGCUGUCAAUCCUUGCUGCCUCGCAGGCCAGGUCGGGCAACUCUAGUGGGGCAAAGUUUGCGGAAUUGUGUUGAAACAUUUGCAAAAUGUUUUGCACGGAGAGCUGCGAGCACUGCAUUCAUGCGACUUCAUCUGGCCGCGUCUUGAGCCCAAGGAAGUCGCAAGCUGUGCAGCACAAGCUUUCGCAAAUCAGGCAGCAGCAACCAUCGCAAAUGAGGCAGCAGCCACAGCAACUCCAGCCACAGCAACAACAACAGCAGCAAGAGCAACAGCAACAACAUUUCCCACAGCAAAUCAAUUACAACUUGCGCUAUGCUCCGAUGCCAACGACAGAGUUCGACAACGGUUGCGAGGCAGAUUCCCAACAGCUGGGAGUUUGCAUUGUGACCGAGGGUCCCGAGGGCUUUAGCUUCGACUGCAGUGUGCCGAUUCCCAAUAGUUUUAACUAUAAUGCCUAUAGGAAUAUGGUUCAAUUUUUCACGUCGCCCGACAACAACAACAACAUUCACAUGUCCCAGCCACAGCAGUACUCAGUGGCUAGGCCAGCGCCAAGGCAAAAUUGCCAAAGUGAGUUCAUGCCACAGCAGCAUCCGGCGCUUAGGUCAACGCUUAAGACAGCGCCCAAACAAAAUUACACAUGCUCGGAUGCCGCCUAUAAUUCAGCGCCACCCACCGCUUCAAAACCGGCCAAAUGUCCGAAAGUGGAUAGAGGACAGAAGCGGGCAUCGCAACAGCAAUAUGCGGUGCUGCCACCUCACAACUAUCCAACAACAGCUGCGUCAGGGACGGCAAAGGCCCCGCAGGUAAAUGCUGGCUAUGGCUCGGUAACACCAAUGGCUCCACCAUAUCAAAAUCAACAGCAGUGCGAGCCUUAUUGUCCGUUCCAGAGCAUGCAAUGGCAGCAGCAACAGCCGCAUGUAUGUACCACGACUCCAGAUAUGCAAGUCCAGCCCUUGAUGCGCUUUGAUUUGCCUUGCCGGCUGGUCGAACUGCAGCCUGAUAAUGCAUGUCCAGAUCCAACGCAGCCCACGUUUGUGCUUCAGCUGUUGGCGCCUAUACAAGCGUCAGGCUAUGCCGAAGGCUUGCCAAUGGGAGCAAUGCCCACGUCCAUGCCCGACACGCCCAAGCAAAAUAGUAUUACACCACCAGCACCAAGAAAUUCAUUAAAUUCUUCAGAAUUUUCGUCACCAAGAGCCUCACAAAGUCCGCCAUAUCCACCAUAUCCUCCAUAUCCAAUGACAGCAGCUCUGCCCAAAUACCAACCAUGUAGGAAAGGGCCACCCAAAAGCAAUGAUGCUGGCCAGGCGGAAAUCUCUUAUUCGCAUAGGCUAUCGGACUAUGAAAAUGGAUUCGGAAACGUGAAUGGAAAUAGAACUAGAAAUGGCAGUGCGAAUAGAACUGGGAAUGGGAGUGCGAAUGGAAGUGGAAAUGGUGGUGGGAAUGGAAAUGGUAUUGGAAAUGGAAAUGGAUAUAGUAAUGGAAAUGGUAAUGGAAAUGGUAUUGGAAAUGGUAAUGGAAAUGGUAAUGGAAAUAGUAAUGGAAAUGGUAUUGGAAAUGGUUAUGGAAAUGGUUAUGGAAAUGGUUAUGGAAAUGGUAAUGGAAAUGGUAAUGGAAAUGGAAAUAGUAAUGGAAAUGGUAAUGGAAAUGGUAUUGGAAAUGGUAUUGGAAAUGGAAAUGAUAAUGGAAAUUCGAAGCCUGGCUACAGCAAUAGGCUCUGUCCUCGCUGUUCGCAUUGGUGCUGCCAUUCGCAUCCAGGAGCACGACAGGGCGGCGGCAAUAGUCAGAGAUUCUAGAGAAAGUGCUUUAAAUACUGAAGAAAAUAUAGAACUAAUAAUGGAAACAACAAAAACAUUGCAA